GCCGAGGAAGGUUCCCAGAGGCGGAAGUGAGGCGGCGGAAGUGGGGUACCGGAAGCGGCAUUGCCAUGGAGUCCGCGGAGGACUGGCUGGUGGAAUCCUUGCGCUUGUACCAAGAUUUCCAUGCCUUCGACCUUUCAGGAGCCACUCGAGUCCUCGAAUGGAUUGGUGACAAAGGAGUCUUCGUUGCUGGCUAUGAAAGCCUGAAAAAAAAUGAGAUUCUUCAUCUCAUACUACCUCUGAGACUUUCUGUAAAAGAAAACCAGGGCUUAUGCCCAGAAAGAGAUUUCAAGGUAUGCCACGGAGGGUUUUCAGACGCGUCUGUCUUUGAGCUGAAGCACGUGCCAGACACCAGGUUGCUGGUAACCACUGGUCUUCCGGGUUCUUACCUGCAUGUGUGGCAGGUCGCAGAGGACAGUGAUGUCAUUCAAGCAGUCAGCACCAUCGCUGUGCCGGAGAAGGAGGGAGGUCUCUGGCCCAGGGUGGCCAUCUUCUCUUCGAUGGCACCCGGAGUCCUCCACGGGGUGAGGCUCUGCAGUCUGAAGGUCGUGGACCUGGAAUCCCAGAAGACCACAUACACCUCAGGAGUCAGUGACAGUGAGGAGCUAAGCAGCCUACAGGUCCUGGCUGCAGACACCUUUGCCUUCUGCUGCGUCUCAGGCCGCCUGGGGCUUGUUGACAUCCGCCAGAAGUGGGCGCCGUCAGAGACCAUCAGCCCCAGGGCUGGGGCUGCUGGAGGGAGGUGGUGUGCCGAAGUUGGGGGCCGGGGCCCUGGGCCUAGCAUUGCCAGCCUUGGCUCAAACGGGCAGCUCUGUCUCUUUGAUCCCCGGGAUCUCAGCCAUCCUGUGAGCUCCGUCCAGUGCUCGGUGUCUGCACCCAGCCCUGACCCAGAGCUGCUGCGAGUGACUUGGGCUCCAGGCCUGGACAACUGCUUGGCCAUUUCAGGUUUUGAUGGGACAGUCCAGGUCUAUGAUGCCACAUCUUGGGAUGGAGCGGGGAGACAAGUAGAACCUCUCUUCACUCACAGAGGUCACAUCUUCCUGGAGGACAAUCAGACAGACACUGCUCCACUGGUCACUACCCACACGUGGCACCCCCACAAGUCACGGACUCUGUUAUCUGCAGCGAGCGAUGCCUCCCUGCAUGUGUGGGACUGGGUGGACACCCGCGCAGCCCGCUGACUCCGGCAUCUUCCUACCCAGGCCUGGAAGAAGAGGAGGAGCUGCUGUAGAGCCAAGAACUCAAAAUGUACAAGGGCCAAUAAAAAUGAAAAAAGAAGUCAACUCCAGUAGGAAUGAAGGAAAUAACAAUUAAAACAAGAUGAUGUGCUUUUUUAACCUACCAAGUUGCCAGAUUGUCGAACAGUGCUUUGGACAGCUGAUGGAGGGGCCCUGAUGACCCAGCUCAGGGUGCAGGAAGCAGCAGUGUGGUUCUUGCUCCCAGCAGUACACGGCAGCCAUGUCCAGUCAAGCCUGAAUUUGUAUGUCCAGUCUCCUGUUAAAUGGCUGUUAAAUUUUUCUAAUCUUUCACUGUUACAAAUAGUGUGAACAGCGUUUGUACCCAUGGACAAAAGCCUGUAGGAUAAAUUUCUAAAGUAAAAAUUGCUGAUGCAGAGGAUGUGCGCAUUUUUAGGUUCUGUAAAUCCUAUUGGUGUGCCCUCCCUGGGGGCCGUGCGGUUUGUGAAGGCAGCAGUGAUGGGUGUCUUUCUCUGCCCUCCCCAGCCAAGUGACUCUAGUGGCUGCCUUUGCUGGUCUGAUCAAUGAAAAAUCAUUACUUGUAGUUUUUGUCUGUACGUCUUGGAUGUGUGAAAUUGAGAUUCCUUGUGUAGUUAAACAUUCAGAGGCAAAGAUUUCUAAAGAUGAGAACAGCCGGGGUGAGGAGAUAGGCAUUCUCACCAAUACGCCUUGUGGCAGAGACCGGACCUCCCCCCACUCUUCAGGUGGUUUGCACUGGGACACACCUGGCCCGGGUGGUGCUUUCCCAUGCCUGCCCCCAGCCUCCCAGAGGAAUUGACCCAAGGGACAUUUCUUUUUGGUAGCAAAUAUUAAAGUGUAUUCCUAUUAAUAGAAUUUCUCACUAGCACAUCUUUUAAGGAAUUUUCAGCAAGUUAGCUUUUGAAAUUACUUGAUUACUCAUCAGUUUGGGCUCUGAGUUCUUAAAAAAAGAAUUUUGUUGAGAUAUAAUUCACUUACCCUACAUAUAAUACACGCACUAUACAAUUCACCCAUUGAAAGUUUCUAUUUGGUGAUAUAUUACUAAUUUUUAAAGAGUAUGGUAAAAUAUAUGUCACAAUUUGCCAGUCUUCUUCAUUUUUAAGUAUUCAUUAUGUAGAAUUAACUACAUUCACCAUGUUGCACAACCAUCACUAUUUCUAAUUCCAAAACUUAUUUUUGUCACCCCAGACAAGCUCUGUGACCUUCAAGGGCUCUGGUUUGCUGGCCAAACCAGUGGGCACACUUGUAUUCAUCAACUCGGGCCGCCCUAAUGGAACACCACAGAUUGGGGGCUCACGCAACAGGCACUCUCUGCUCACAGUCCUGGAGUCUGGAAGUCUAAGAUCCAAGGGCCAACACGUUUCUUUCUGAGGCCUCGUCUCCUGGCUUCUAAGAGCCACCAUCGCUGUGUGCACAUGGGGCCCCUUUGUGUCCUUGAAGAGAGUGGUCUGGUCUCUGUUCCUCUCACAAGGACACCAGCCCUUUCAGAUUAGGGCCUCACCCUCAUGACCUCAUUUAACCUUACUUACCUCUUAAAAGGCUGUGUCUCCAAAUACUGUCACUUUGGGGGUUAGGGUUUCCAUGUAAGAAUUUGGGGCAGGGGCUCAAGUUAAUACAAAGCACUUAGGAAUUAUUUUGAAGUGAGAAAAACCUAAGAAAUUUUCAAUUGAAAUGAUUUUUUAAUUUAACAAUGAAGCUGAGGGAGUGUUAUGUAUUGGAGAAGCUUAAUUUACAAUAUUCAGUUUCAAGACGUCAUUUUUACCAUCUUCUGAAGUCUUCCUUCUGUACUUUCUCCCCACCACCACCCCCCCUCCAUUCUCCCAUGAGAGCUGAUCCUGUAGAUCUCUUCUGAGCUAUUAGUGACGUCACACUGACGGUUGAAAUUGGCCAUGAUGGAAAUAAUACUCCACAGAAAUUGGCAAAUAAUACAGCAUACUGCUGGCUAAGCUAUAUUAUCCACCAAGUAAAAGCAGAAAUGAGUCAUUUAGAAAAUAGUAGAGCUGAUGGACGAAUUCAAAAGCUGCUUUGCUGAAAAAUAGUGAUAAAAUGCCUAUCAGUCUAGGUCCAGCCAGAGAGACUGGACCCACGCCAAGUAAUUCAGCUGCAGGAAUUCAGCUUUGGGGCAUCUGGAAAAGGAUGCAGGGGAAGGUGGGGCCCAUGAGAGAAGAAGAGCAGAAGGAAGUUACCCAGAGGGACAAAGGGGUGGGGUGGGGUGGGGUGUGACAAGAGCUGAGCAGUGGGGCCUCCCAGCGGGAAAGGGAGCACAGCAAUCCUGCUGGCGGGGGCUGGGACCCUGGAGCAGGGGCUGGGACUGCAGAGGACACAUUUGGAGACUGCAGAAGUCCAGAGACAGAAGAAGUCCUCUGGCUUGCCAGCAGGGGAGCCCAGGAGGCACAGAGAGCCAGAGUCUGCACCUGCAGUACCAAGCAGAGGGGACAGAACCUCGACAGAUCUGAGAACAGACUGAUAGGCACCACGUCUAAACCUCUACGAAUUAAGCGAGAAAAAGGGGG